AAUGAAAGCAGCACAUGUCCUCAACCUCCUACAUUUCCUCUACCUGAAGGAAAAAAUGAAACUCGUCUGAAGUGUGAAGCAGGCUGGGAGCUACAUGGAAUGAACUGUUAUUUUUUCUCCAACUAUAAGUCCACCUGGAUUGAGGGCAGAGAUUCCUGCAGAGGUCAGGGAGGAGACCUGGUGAAGAUCGACAGCAGAGAAAAGCAGAUGUUACUGGAGAGGAAAGUGAAAGAGAACAUGAUAAAUGAUAAAGAUUGGUUCUGGAUCGGACUGACGGACUCAGAGAAAGAAGGCAGCUGGGUUUGGGUGGACGGAUCUCCACUGAAGGAAAGUUUGAGUUUUUGGGGAAACAACGAGCCUGAUGGUCAGGGUGGAGGACCAGACUCAGAGGUGGACUGUGUGAGAGCAAUAAAGGAAGGAAACUCUAUCAAGUGGUUUGAUGGAUAUUGUAAACAGAGUCUAAGAAGUAUUUGUGAGAAAAUAGCAGAGACUCAGCUGUGUUUUUGUUUGUGAAGUUUAGUCCAGAAAACAGCCUUUGAUCUCUGAAAAGAAACACAUUUUAUAAAGAAAAAUUUAAACUAAGUUUGUCAACAAACAUGUUAACAGAAAAAUACUCUGAUUUUAACAGAUCUUUGCCAUAUUUUUAUUUGCUACAUCUGCAGAACUCCUAUAAAAGAUAUGAAAAUUAAUAAAGGUUUUGUAAUUUUUUUUCACUGUAAUUAUUUAACUUGUAUCACGUAGGUUUAUAUCAUCAACUUCGCAUCAUUAUACUAUAUUAUAUUCUCAUUUGUUCUCACGACUAAAAUAAAUUAAAUAAAUGCACUGUGUGUCCUCACAACUCACUGCUUUGACCAUUGUCAGUUGUCCUUAUCAGCUCGGUGUUCAAUGUACAACAGUUCAAUGUAAAGAGUUUUUUCCGCUUUAUAGUAAUUUUUCCUGCUGUUCAGAAUUUUAGCCUACAGUGUCAUGGAUUUGGUUCUGUUUAAGUUUUCUUUUUGAGUUUUGAUUGCUUUUAAUUCCAUUUUGUAUUAUUCGAGUUGUUUUUGGUUAUUUCAGUUCUUACGUAUGUCUUGUUUACCCUCUGUUGCCCUCUUAUUUCAGUCUCCUUCUCUUAGAUUCCUUCUUGAUCCUUAUGUCCACACCUUUUACUGUAUUUGGGUCCUCUUCAAUCCUCCACUCAAACUAACACACAGUACAUGGUGGAGCUUCUAUUACAUGCAG